AAGCAUUGGGCUGAGAGACAAAACAGACAAUUUUGUGAGAUACAGUUGCUGUAGCUUUGAUAUAGGCACCGUGUGGUUUCGUAACGACGUGGGCUCUUGGUCAUGUGCAGGACAGGCAUGAGUGUAUGAAAGACUCAUGGAGAGAGGAGCAAGAAAAACAAGUGGCUCUUUUAAAAGGGCCUCUAUCAGUCGCACCAGCUCUGGCUCCCAGAAGGGGCUGAAAGCUUGGAUUGAGAGGACAUUUCAGAAAAGAGAAUGCGUUCACAUCAUUCCGUCUAAAGAUCCAACUCGGUGUGCCUGUGGUCAUUUGAUGAACCAGCAUGGGCCCUUUCAAACUGAAAAAAAGGAGGACAUGCUAGUGCAGGUGAACCCACCUCAAGAGAAAUGGAGUGUACUCAAACACACACGGGUUUCCUCUACUGAUGCUUAUGGCACCAUCGAGUUUCAAGGAGGAGGAUUUGUCAACAAGGCCAUGUACAUUAGAGUGUCUUAUGACACUAAACCAAAUAACUUGUUACACCUCAUGGUGAAAGACUGGCAUUUAGAGCUGCCCACACUUCUCAUAUCUGUUCAUGGAGGACUCCAAAAUUUCGACCUGCAGCCUAGACUUAAGCAGGUUUUUGGUAAAGGCCUGAUCAAAGCUGCAAUAACUACAGGAGCAUGGAUCUUCACUGCAGGAAUUAACACAGGUGUGAUACGUCACGUGGGAGAUGCAUUGAAAGACCACUCCUCUAAAUCCAGAGGGAAAGUCUGUGCCAUUGGGAUCGCACCAUGGGGAAUCCUAGAAAGCAAGGAGGAUCUCAUUGGAAGAGAUGUGACCAGACCUUACCAGACAAUGUCCAACCCCCUGAGCAAGCUUGCUGUUCUCAACAGCAGCCACUCUCAUUUCAUCUUGUGUGAUAAUGGUACAUGUGGGAAGUAUGGGGCAGAGGUCAAACUGCGUAGACAGCUGGAGAAGCACAUCUCUCUGCAGAAGAUUAACACCCGGCUAGGACAGGGUGUGCCACUAGUAUGCCUAAUCGUAGAAGGAGGCCCAAACAUGAUCACUGUGGUGCUGGAAAGCUUGCGGGAGGAACCUCCUGUGCCUGUCGUGGUGUGUGACGGUAGUGGCCGAGCAUCAGACAUCCUCUCCUUUGCCCACAAACACUCAGAAAAUGAGGGUUUUAUUUCCAGGACAAUAAGUGAUGAUGCUCGGGACCAGCUACUGGUCAGCAUUCAGAAGACUUUUAACUACAGCAAGAGCCAGUCACAGCAGAUCUUCUUUAUGAUCAUGGAAUGCAUGAAGAGAAGAGAGCUGGUGAGUAUGUCUAUUAAACAAUUAAAGCAAUUAGCAGAAAAACAUAGUUAUAUUUGUCCCCCAACAUUUUAAAUGCACUCUUAACUAAAUUACAUUAAGAGUGAUUGCUGAACUGUUAAAAGUGGAGAGAAUUUGGCCUUGAGUGUUGGGACCAUCAUUGUCAUAUUGGGGUCAAAUACUGUAUAUUACUGUCACAUACUGUAGUUAUCUUACUCUACUAUAGAACUGGGGUAAUUUGUAAUUAAAUAGUAGCAUACUGUAGUGACUCAUAGAAUGUUCCACAAAAUGUUUUGUUUUUUAAAAAUCUUUCUUAAAGAUUAUCAUUUGUUUGUAUUUCAUGCAACUUUUCCUGAAUAAACACCCACCUGAUUCUCACUGUCAUUGUCACUGUGC